CCACUGAUAGUGGCAGCCACCAGCCUCAGACCAUGCAGGUAAUCCCCCAGGUGUUUUCUCAGGUAACCCCCCUGGUGUGUUAUCAGGUAUCCCCCAGGUGUGUUUUCUCAGGUACCCCCCCUGCAGCUCAAAUUGCUGAAUCCCCCUUGGCCAGUGGCUGGUAAGUAGUGGUGCCCUCAUCUUUCCGCCCCUCUUGCCCCCUCCCCCCUCUUUCGCCUCUUCCUGCCGCUCCCCUUGUCCCGUGCUCUGUGUUGUCUGCUCAAGAAUCCUUGUUGCCCUGUUUGUUUUUACCCUAUCUCCGCGUUUUGAGGCCUCUCACAACCUGUUUGUCUAUCUUUGUUCAUCUGGAAUCACCACCGCAAUCGGGGGGAGAGGGAGGGUAUGGAGGGGUGAGAAUCAACCAGAGGUGAGCCUGCUGCGUUGUCGGUGAUUCUGCCUGCCUGCUGCGUUGUGAGUAGGACGCUAGCCUGCUGCCCAUCUUCCAUUCUUCUUCUUUCGCCAACUCAUCACUUCCUUGUAAUUUAUCCCUCCCUCCUGCCCUCACUCCUCUUCUCUCCUCCCCUUUCUUCCCCCCUGCGUCCCCCCCCUAGCACCUUGCUUGGUGCUACCGGGAAGCAUCGGUGGGAGUGCAAGGGAGAGUAUGGGAGGGUAGAAGGCAGACCAGACUUGCUUGAUGCUAGCUUGCCGAAGCAGUGUGGUUGGUGGAAGGUGGAAGAGGGAGAGUGCCGGGGAUAGAAACAACCAAAGGCGAGCCGACUUUUGAGUCGACUCAAAAGGCGACUUUUGAGUCGACUCAAAAGGCGAGCCUCACUUCUUGCACCAGUACCAGCUAAGUACCCUCCUCACUGUAUCUACCCCCUCACUCUUCCCCUCCGUCACACUAAUCGACCCCCCGACUCCCCCCCCACCCGUCCAACACCCCAAGUUUUCAGCUUGGCUUUAUCCGUUACUGCUCUUACUUUACCUUGCUUUCGUCGUUCGCUGCCUCUUCCCCCCUCUCACUCCUCGCUGUAAUCACGCCCCUGAUAGCAGGAGCCCACCGGCCACAGCCAUGCAGGUACCCCCCAGGUGUUCUCUCUGGUAACCCGCCAGGUGUGUUCACAGGUAACCCCCCAGGUGUGUUUUCUCAGGUAACCCCCCAGGUGUGUUUUCUCAGGUAACCCGCCAGGUGUGUGCAGGUAACCCCCCUGUUUCCCGUCAUCUUUCCCCUCCCCCUUUCCCCCCUCCUCCUCUUGCCCCUCCUUUCGCCGAUGCCUGCCCUGCUGUCUGUUGUCUGCGCAGAAUUCCUCCCUGCCUUGUUUGUUUCGACUCUAUCUUCUCCUUUUGAGACUUGUUCCUGUUCAUCAGCAGCAACUGCUCCUUAUGAGCUGCCUGCAAGCUAUCCCGUCGCGUCUCUCUUCCUCGUUCUCCCCAUCUCCUGUCCCUCCCCCACAAAUCUUCCUAGAAGCUCACGUGAUACUACCUGGAAGCACCACUGCAUCUGGUGGCCAAGAGAGGGAAUGGGACAGUGGCAAUCGACCAAGCUCCUUUGGAAGCAUCAGAAGGGGAUGCGGUGGAUGGAUGUGGGAAGGCUGCUGCCCUACACGUGGGAAGGCUGCUUGGGCAGAUCCAGAACCACACUAACAUGCCUGUAUACCUGGAAUCUUAUCCCCUCUAUUCCUAUCCCCUCUAUCACUAUCCCCACUAUCCCUAUCCCCUGUAUCCCUAUCCCCUGUAUCAUUAUUCUACCGUUAUCCCCACUACCACUAUCCCCCAUAUACCUAUCCCCAUUCCCCUCAUUUCUAUCCCCAUUAUUCGUAUCCCCUCAGUCCCAAUUUCCUCUAUCCCUAUCCCCUCUAUACCUAUCCCCUCUAUCCCUAUCCUCACUGUAUCCAUCCCUGCAACCCCUAUUCCAUCUAUUCCAUCCCCCCUAUUGCUAUCCCCCCUACUCCUAUCCCCGCUAUCCUUAUCCCUGCUGCUCCUGUCCCUUCGACCCCUCCUAUCCCUCGUAUCCCAUCUGUUCUUGUCCCCAAUACCCCUGUCCCCUCUAUGUCUAUCCCCUCUAUCCCUACCCCCCUAUCACUCUCCACUCUAUCCCUCACCUCAUGUACCCCGUUCCCUCAUCCCCUGUCACCUCUGAUCACCCCCUAUUACCCCCUAUCACCCCAAAUCACCCCAUAUCACCCCCCUAUCACCCCAGAUCACCCCGUAUCACCCCCUAUCACCCCCCAUCAGCCCCUGCCACGCCCUAUCACCCCCCAUCAGCCCCUGCCACGCCCUAUCACCCCGUAUCACCCCCUAUCACCCCCCAUCAGCCCCUGCCACGCCCUAUCACCCCGUAUCACCCCGUAUCAUCCCCUAUCACCUCUCAUCACCCUGUGUCACUCCCUAUUACCCAGUAUCACCACGUAUCACCCGUAUCGCCCCCUAUCACCCCUUAUCACACACUAUCACCCCCCAUCACCCCUUGUCAUCCCCUAUGACGUUGUAUCCCGCUGUUAUCCCUGCCAUCCCUCCUGUCCCUGCUAUUUCUCCUUUCCCCUCCUAUCCCUCCUACCCCUGCUGUCCCUGCGAUACCUGGUAUCCCUGCUGUCCCUCCUAUCCCUGCUAUGCUAUCCCCCCCCAUGCAUGCCCCCCUAUGCAUCCACCCCCAUGCAUCCCCCCCUAUGC